CGUUGACGGACCGAUCUCUGUGACGUCAGAGGAAGGUGACCCCGAGACACUUCGGGAUCUUUGUUUUGGUGCCGAAUUUAACGACGUUUUCCCCUACCUCCAAGCGGGUUUAUCAUGGAGAGAGACGACGAAGCCAUGGAGCCCUUCAGGGAGGUCAACCUCUCUGACGGCAAAUGCAAUGUGUCUCUCUAUGUGUGUGCCGAGGAGGAGAAGAAAAUAGACGAGGACCCUGAAUAUGCCAGUGAAUUAUUCAAAGCAGCCUUGGAAGGGAGGCUUCCUUCAGCUUGUGAUGAGUCAGAGACAGAAGGGAGUGAUAACGGAAAUGAAGAGACAUCUAAGAGUGAGAAGAAUAGCACAGCAGAAGAGGUUGAGUGGGACUCUGACGCUACACAGGCAUUUGUGAAUGUGUUGAAGAAAAAUACCAAGUGGCUUCCAUUAAAUAAAGCUGGUACCAGAAAGCAGUUGUUCCUGAAGGUGAAACACGAUCUAGUUCUAGAAGGAUACAACUUCUCAUUGGAAAGUGUACGAGCAAAAUUUAAUUCUCUGGUCCAUACUUACAGAAGAAUCAAAUUCAAAAGCAAGCAGGAUGGUGUGGUCAGUACGAAAUGGCAAUUCUUUGAAGUUUUUGAUGGGAUUAUGAAGGCAUCUGAAUCAAGCAAGCUCAAGUUAAAAGACCCAGACCUGUUGGAAGUCAAAGUCGAGCCAGAGGCUGUCAUUGCCAACAAUUCACUAGUUGGUCUCUCCAAUGAGCUCUUAACUUCACCUCCUCAAAUUCAAAGUGGAAGCUCAGGUACUAUUUCACGUGAAGCAUCACCCGAGAGGCCAAAGAAACAAGGAUCCUCCAAGAAAAAGAUUUCAAAAGCACCACUCACGAAUCCUGCAAGUAAAAAGAGGAAAAGACGUGAACUGGACCCUCUUGAAACGGCAGGUCCAUCUUCAAAUUCUGAAAAUACUAUGAAAGGGCUAGAACAUAUUAUAGUUGGUAGUGAGGGUUUCAAUCAUGCUGCAACACUGCUGUUCAUUGAUUGCAUUAAGAAACAUAAAGAUCUGCUGAGAAAGAAGAAAUCUCCUGAGAUGUUUUUGGAAAUAAAGCAAGAGAUGGCUAAGGAAGGCUUUUCAUUCACGGAGGCUAAACUGCGUAAGAAAUGGUACAACCUACUGAUAUCAUACAGAAGAAUAUUGGAAAGAGCUAAUGAAACCGGAGAUUUAAUUUCAAGUUGGCCAUACUAUGAGGCUAUUGACAGCAUCAUUGUUGAUACUAAAGACUUGGCUCAGAAAAAGAAAGAAGAGGUAAAUGGAUGUGGAGACUAUCCAGAAGCAACCACAUCAAAUGCCUACAAGAACCACUCGUCAGGUUACCUGGGUACAGAAAAGGGAGAUGGAAUUGGGGAUGAUGUAGGGGAGAACAGACUUUCAGAUACUGACAAAGGGAGUAGUAGUAGUAAAGGCUAUUUAACAAUCGAUUUCUUGAGACUCAAUAACUGCCUUCCUAACGACAAACAUGGUGCCAAUGACAGGGACUUCCAACGCAGCCUUUUAGAAGAGUGGGAGAAGAGAGAGAAGAGACAGGAGGAAAGGGAUAAAAUUAAGUUGGAAGUCCUGAAAGAAAUAGCCCAGUCUCUCAGCAUCAUGUCUUGUAAGCAAGACGAACUAUUAGAACUUUUGAAGAAUCUGAAAUAGCAUUUGGUUUAGUAUUCCUAUUACUCCAGAUUUGUAUUACAUAAUGUAAUUUUGCAGAAGAGGUUAUUUUUUUUGUAAUAAAGAGUUUGUACUGUCA